AUCCGGCGAUUUAGGUGGAGCACGCGGCGACGACCUCCCAUUUCCUUAUAUAUAUGCAUGCAUGGAAUGGAGCCUAACCUAACAAACACUGCAGUGCACUCUCAUGAUCUGCAUCUGCAUCUGCAUGCCCGCGCCUGCAGCUAACCAACAAGCCAUCAUGGACCACGACCUGCUCCUGCUCCUCGCCUCCCUCGCCGCCGCCGUCCUCGCCGCCGCCGUCUGGCACCUCCGCGGCCAUGCCAACGGACCCAACGUGCUGCCGCUGCCGCCGGGGCCGAGGGGCUGGCCGGUGCUGGGCAACCUGCCGCAGCUCGGGGACAAGCCGCACCACACCAUGGCCGCCCUCGCGCGCCGCCACGGCCCGCUCUUCCGCCUCCGCUUCGGCAGCGCCGACGUCGUCGUGGCCGCCUCCGCCAAGGUCGCCGCCACCUUCCUCCGCGCCCACGACGCCAACUUCACCGACCGCCCGCCCAACUCGGGCGCCGAGCACGUCGCAUACAACUACCAGGACCUCGUCUUCGCCCCCUACGGCGCCCGCUGGCGCGCCCUCCGCAAGCUCUGCGCGCUCCACCUCUUCUCCGCCCGCGCGCUCGACGCCCUGCGCUACGUCCGCCAGGAAGAGGCCCGCCUCAUGGUCACCCGCCUGCACCUCCUCUCCUCCUCCUCGGGCCUGCCCGUCGCCGUCGGCCAGGAGGCCAACGUCUGCGCCACCAACGCGCUCGCGCUCGCCGCCGUCGGACGCCGCGUCUUCGGGCACGGCGUCGGCGAGGGCGCCAGGGAGUUCAAGGACAUGGUCGUCGAGCUCAUGCAGCUCGCAGGCGUCUUCAACAUCGGCGACUUCGUGCCCGCGCUCCGGUGGCUCGACCCGCAGGGCGUCGUCGGCAAGAUGAAGCGCCUCCACCGCCGAUACGACCGCAUGAUGGACGGAUUCAUCAGCGAGAGGGAGCACCUGGCCGACGCCCAGGGGAAUGACCUGCUCAGCGUCAUGCUCGGGAUGAUGCGCCACUCGCCGCCCGACGACGACCAAGGGAUCAACUUCAAUGACACUGACAUCAAAGCUCUACUCCUGAAUCUGUUCACCGCGGGGACGGACACGACGUCGAGCACGGUGGAGUGGGCGCUGGCGGAGCUGAUACGACACCCGGACGUCCUCAAGAAGCUCCAGCGCGAGCUGGACGACGUUGUCGGAAAUGAGCGCCUCGUCACAGAAUCCGACCUGCCUCAGCUCACCUUCCUCGCCGCCGUCAUCAAGGAGACAUUCCGAUUGCACCCGUCGACGCCGCUCUCCCUUCCCCGGGUGGCCGCAGAGGACUGUGAGGUGGAUGGCUACCGGGUCCCCAAGGGCACCACCCUCCUCGUCAACGUGUGGGCCAUCGCCCGUGACCCGGACUCAUGGGGGCCCGACGCACUAGAGUUUAGGCCCGCCCGCUUCCUCUCGGGUGGGUCGCAUGAGAGCGUGGACGUCAAGGGGGCCGACUAUGAGCUCAUUCCGUUCGGGGCGGGCCGAAGGAUCUGCGCGGGCCUCAGCUGGGGUCUCCGAAUGGUCACUCUCAUGACCGCCACGCUCGUGCACGCCUUCGACUGGUCGUUGGUUGACGGCAUGACGCCCCAAAAGCUCGACAUGGAGGAGGCCUAUGGUCUCACCCUGCAGCGGGCCGUGCCGCUAAUGCUUCAGCCCGUGCCCAGGUUGUUGCCGUCGGCAGCUUAUUACACGGUGUGAUCGAUGUUUCAUCAUGGAUCUUAAUUUGUGGUCUUCCGGUUCUUUGCGAUCCAAUGUAUCUUGUGUCAGUUAAUUCAUGAUAUGAUAUUCAUGUCGGCUGUAAAGGAUGUACGCGCUGCGGCGGCCGGGUUAUCAACUACUUCUUCUAUAAUUUGAUAUAAAAACGUUUAGAUCAUUAAAGUAGUGAUCUAUUUUUUUUCAUAUUAAUAGUUUAUGAAGGGAGUAUAUGCUCUAGUAAAAAAGGGAAGAACGUUUUGUUUUUUUGAGGGGGAGUGGAAGGCAGGACGAUUGGAGAGGUACAGUCAACGUCACUUCCCUCCUCAUAUUUCUGGUUUUGUUGCUUAACAAUUAUAA